UAUGUAUUUGCUCUUAAUAUGGGGCAAAAAGGGAUGUGCUCUAAUAUGGGAAAGACGGAAUAUGUUCAAUAUGGAUUGAAUCUAAGGCCUAAUAAAAAUAGGAUAUGCAAUAGGAACUUCAUGAGGAUAACGUGAAGGCCCAAAAUUAGCCCUUUACAUCUAAGCAUAUAUAGGCUUCAACUGGUUGCGAUUUGCUUACGUUUCUACACUGCUUCCUUUGUGAGGUUCAGACUGAGUACAAAUAAUAUAAAAGAGCAAAAAAUGUAGUAAAAUAAACGCGUAACAGUCACUAAAUUCCAUCUCGUUAUUAACUUAACUCUGGUCGCCAAAAGACGGUUCAUUUAAAAAGUCUUCUGACAGCAUUUUGAUUGCUGAUUUUUAAAAAUUCUCUGAAAUAACUAGGAUGUGAUUUUAUUGCUCAGUCCAAGCCAAUAACUAGGCCAGCACUUUUUCAGGAGUCCUGGCAUUGCCUUACUUGUCCUCUGUCCUCAAGGCCUGCCUCUGGAGAGAAACUAUAUGUCUUUCUUUGCAGUCAGUUUCUGACAGCAAUCUAUCUUCCAUUGUACAAAGAAGACCUUGCUAAGGUGACUUGCCUCAGCAAUGACCACUCUUCUGUUGUUGGUAUCUGGCAAUUAUAUUCCUACACCGAAGCUGAAAAUAAAAACUAUCUUGUUGCCAUUUGGGAUCUAUCUCCGUCAAGAUCUCAUUCAAACAGUCUCUCGAUGGCUUAGAAGAGAAAAAUCUCCUCAGAAAAAUGUUCCUUGGAGUAAUUUCUGUUUACAUAACAUAUGUUUUCAUCAUUUGAGGCAUGGCUAAUCCAAGUUCAUCAUUAGUUGAAGUUGUGAAACAAGUAGCAGAGCAACAGCAUACUCAAGCCUCUGAAAUAGAAAAAAACAAGACUGUUCUUGUACGGUUGCAGACUCAGCUUCGGGACCUUGAGACACAAAUGAAUUGCGUUGUAGCAGAAGGAAAGGCAGCAGAUAGCCAAAUUUAUCAUCAAGAUGAAGCCAUAGCAACUACAAAAGAUCGUUGUAAAAAUCUAGAGGCUGAGAUCAGAGCCUUGUACACUGAGAAUAUAAAGCUAAAGUUUGACACAGAAGCAUUCCAAGAAGAGUUUAAAAUUAUGCUUCAAAGAAACAAUGCCUACUAUGAGAAAAUGGCAGCUCACAGAGACUAUUUUUGGGAAGCAGAAAGCAAAUUGCCAUUUAUGAUUGAGAUCACUAAAAAAAGAGCUGCAGUAAAAGAAAUGAUCAUAGUCAAGCAAGAGUUAAUGUCUGCUCUUCAUAAUUCAGAAGGAAAUGCUGCUAAGACAGUCCAGGAUGAAAUUGCAUAUUUGGAAAGUGAAAUGAAUGUAUUGAAACAAGCUAUCCAUGAAAAGGGAAAUAUACUUCAGAAUGAAAAAACCUUGCAUGGGAGACUUCGGAAAGAAAUUGAGGUGGAGCAUAAAAGAUGUGAAGCCAUACUAAAACGUUUGCAUUGUCAAGUGAACAAACUGCAGUCUAGUAAAAGACAGUGGAAGUGGACCAUUCAACAGCUGGAAGAGAAAGCAGAGGAACUAAGGAGGCUUCUCGGCAUAAAUGAGUGAUAGGUGAUAUGCUCAUUUCAUGCCCUCUCUGCAACAAAUCUGCUAGGAUAACUGGAACUGAUGUCUGAACCUCUAUAUUCAUAUGCAGGAUUGACUUUGCUGUUCCAGCAUGAAUAGAAGAAGACUGGAUAAAUGAAUAUUAGGGGAUUGACCUAUGUGUAUCCUGAGGCUGUGACAAUCAUAGGCUGCCUGCAGUCUUCAUGUUGUUCAGUUUAUUUUUAAAAAUGUGGCAGUUGUCAUCCACUAUCCCUUAAUACCUGACAGUGACAAAAGUCAUCCUAGGUCUGCUAUAGCAGAGGCUUUUAAAGUGUGCUUUCCUUUCCAGAUAGUGCCUUUUUGCAUAACUCCCUAUGCAGUGGUAUAGCUAAAUGUCUCAUCAUACAAGUGAAUUAAGUGCUUCUGAAGUUUUUCUCUCCCCCACCCCCAACUAUGCAAUUUACCUUUUUAUUUAGUAGGAGGUCAGUGUUAUGUAAGGGUGGGGUGGGGAAAAAUGUUAUUUGUUUAAUCAGUUAUUUUGUUAGGGCUCAUCUUGACUCUAAUUGCUAUGGAACAGGUUUCUUUGAAUUUAUCUAAAACAAGGGUCGAUUCAUACUGUAAACCCAACCUAUGUUGCUAAAAGAAGGAUCAAGAGCACCUCAAGUUUAUUCAUUGCAGCCUUCAUUCAAAUAAUGCUGACCCUUCUUAUUACAGAAAAUGACAAACAAAUAAUAUUUUGAUAUGUUUGUUUAAUAUCUGUUUGGCCUGGCCUUCAAGGGUUUUUAAAUAGUUGUAAUUGGUUUUAAUGUUGUAACCUGUUUUUCAGGGUUUUUAAAAUGGUUGUGAUUGUUUAAUUCGUGUUUUCUGAUGUUUUAAUUGUUGUUUUAUACUGUUUUACAGUUUUUGUUUUAAUUGUUAACUGAUUUUAAUGCUUUUGUUUUUAAUUGUAAACCGCCCUGAGCCAUUUUGGAAGGGCGGUAUAAAAAUCGAAUGAAUGAAUGAAUGAAUGAAUGAAUAGCAGGUUUUUGUUUCUUUGAAAUGCACCCCCCUGCGAACUUUCAUUUCUUGACAUAAAUUCAGAAAGAGAAAUAAACAGAAUAAAAAAGCA